AUGUCAUCGCGUGUGCUGGAUGUUGGUGUGAUGAUUGCUCGACCAUCCGACCCACGGACCCUGGCGGUUGGAAAAGUGGUCACGGGUGCGUUUCCCGCGUGGUUAAUUACUCCGCCUAAACGAAGUCUCAGCACCGAGUAUGGAAGGAGAAGUUCAUUGCACUUGGUAAUGGACUGGAGGCCAGUAAACCAUAACUCAAGCAGCCCCCAGAUCACAUGGUCGUCGCCUCUUGCGAGAAUUUCGGCCUCGUCGUAUUUGAGUGUGUGGCCGCAUCUCGUAAAAUGAGCCGCAACUUGAGAGCUGGCGCCAUUUCUCCGCACCGCUGCAGCGUGUUCGAUCAUUCGCGUUCGGAGCUGUCUUCCGGUUUUUCCGAGUUAGCUGCCUCGUCCGCAACUGCGCCAGAUCCGAUAAACGACUCCAGACGUUUCUUGCCAUGGCAUCGGGUCUUUCGGUUUCAUUACCUGACACUGACGUUUCGGAAACUCUCCCGUUUCUAUCAUCCGAGCAGUGCGUUGAUUCCUCUUGCUGGCCUUGCUUGCUUCUGAAUCGAUGCCUGUGGGACAUCAUAGCCCUGAUUAAUGCACGAACUUCGAUCUGUCCGUUCGCUGCUGAUUAGCGUUGACGUCUUCGUGACUGGCCGCCAGUGGGCUCGCAUGACCCUUGUCCCCCUUUCGGACGUCGUAAUCGCUGGUAGGUCAGCGUUCUGACGUUCAUGCAAGCUGGUGCCAAGACGUUUGCCACUUUCGCCAAAACACCUUGCAUUACAAUUUUAGCAAGGUAUGCUUAGACCACUGCUGACUGUUCUGUCACUGGCAACGGGUCUUUGGGCCUCACAAUUUACUGUAUGAUUUUUUAUUCCGACUUGUGAAACGCACCAACCCCGAAAAGUUUCAGGAUUCUUGUCGUCGCCUCUGGUAUGAUCUCAACAUAAGGGAUUGUGAUCUAAAGUUUCAGGUUCUCUUUGUUAGGAUGUCAGCUUGCAACCAAUCGCAAAGAUAAACCGUCUAUGGUUUAUGGCCACGUACAACAGAAGAACCACAGUUUCGUUAUUGAAAAGUCGAGGGUAAUCGGCUGAAUCAAUGACAAGAAGACCAGAUGGAUGGCCCACGACCGGGACAUUUAACGGAGCCGUAGACCUGCGUCCACCUAUAGGGACAUAAAAUGCGUUUUGUUUUAAUACACCUAAAACACGACCUGUAAAAAAUUUAGCGCGACAUUCAAUAACAAGUUAUGUCCAGGCUCAUUUUCGUGGUCACUCUGUCUCUACUAAUUAUUCUCGCCAUAGACCGGUUUAUUUCCUACAUUGGUGACCCCGCAUCAUUAAAAGUGCCUUCUGUUUCAUUUAUGCGCUUAACUAUUUCCAUUUGGGUUCAGGUCCACAAUACAUUUUAUUGAUCACAUUAUUUUAGCCAGAUUUUAGUUGACAUCCACGCUGCCUCACCUUUUAAACCAAUACGGUCAUCUACUCCAAUUAUCUGACCUCUGACCGACAUUGGCUAAUUAUGUCCAGCGAUUCUAUCAGCCAGCCGAUAACCGGUAUUCACACCUUCAACCCUCCGGUCGUGUGGCUUGGUGACAUCGCGUUGUGGCUGCGUGUUUCAGAAUCCCGUUUCUCCCUCUGCCAGACUACAAGAGGGAAUACGACAUUUCACUAUAUUGAGGCAGCAUUGCCAAUGGAUAUCACCACGGACUUCGCGAUAUUAUAGAUUGUCUGCCCACAGAAGCGUCAUAUACAACUCUAAAGGAGACUGUCAUCUCUCGCAUUUCCCUAUCAACGCAAAAGCAUCUGCAACGUUGGAUUUCCGAGGAAGAUCUUGAUGACCGGAAGCCUACACAGCUUCUUAGGCGUUUGGAGCAGCUGGCAAAUGGAAAUAUCCUGAUGCCACCAUAUUCAAGCAACUUUUCCUCCAACGGUUGCCCUCUUCUGUUCAAGCUAUCCUUGCACGUUACAUUCCUUCGUCUGUCCAGAUGCUCGCGGAAAUUGCUGAUCGGAUCCUCGAAUACUACCGGCCGCCUGUUACGGUCAGCGUUGCUAGUCGUAUCACAGCUGCGCCAACUGCACCUACAAUCAAGAAUGUCAUGAAACGUCUAGACAGCCUCCCCUUGAAGUUUCCCUACUUCGUGCUUCACGUAUCUCUCACCGUCGAAGUCUGUCAAUUACUCGCCGUCCGAGACCUCUCGCUGCAGUGUCAGGCCCGUAAACGCCUGACGGUUUCUGAUGGUACCACUACACAUAUGGGCUAA